CGUCACGAGACACCAGGAAGCUGCCAGUCCACACGCGCGCUCACUGAGAUCCGAGCUGACGCUUCCUCUGCAGAAUUGGUCUCAUGGAGCAAAGGCACUCAGCGCAGCUCGAUACCAAAAGAAAACAAUGCGACCAGGAUGCAAACAGCAUGGAUCGUACUGGGAAUUUGACACAGGACCAGAGAAGUCACACAGGAGAGAAACCCUUCAGGUGCCCUCUGUGCGGGAAGGCAUUUGCACAGUCAUCAGAUCUUCAGAGCCACCAGAGAACACACACGGGAGAGAAACCCUUCAAGUGCACUGUGUGUGAGAAGGCAUUUGCAUGGUCAUCAAAUCUUGAAAGACACCAGAGAACACACACAGGAGAGAAAUCUUUCAAGUGCAAUGUGUGUGAAAAGGCAUUUGCACGGUCAUCAUAUCUUACAAUACACCAUAGAACACACACGGGAGAUAACCCCUUCAGGUGCACUUUGUGCUCGAAAGCAUUUGCAGAUUCAUCACAUCUUAAACUACACCAGAGAACACACACAGGAGAGAAGCCCUUCAAAUGCAGUGUGUGUGGGAAAGCAUUUGCACAGUCAUCAGAUCUUCAGAGCCACCAGAGAACACACACGGGAGAGAAACCCUUCAGGUGCCCUCUGUGCGGGAAGGCAUUUGCACAGUCAUCAGAUCUUCAGAUCCACCAGAGAACACACACGGGAGAGAAACCCUUCAAGUGCAGUGUGUGUGAGAAGGCAUUUGCAAAGUCAUCAAAUCUUAAAAAACACCAGAGAACACACACAGGAGAGAAACCGUUCAAGUGCACUGUGUGUGAGAAGGCAUUUGCACAGUCAUCAGUUCUUCAGGGCCACCAGAGAACACACACAGGAGAGAAACCCUUCAAGUGCACUGUGUGUGAGAAGGCAUUUACAGAGUCAUCACAUCUAAAAAAACACCAGAGAACACACACAGGAGAGAAACCCUUCAAGUGCAGUGUGUGUGGGAAGGCAUUUUCAAGUUCAUAUCAUCUUAAAAUACACCAGACAACACACACAGGAGAGAAACUCUUCCUGUGCACUGUGUGUGGGAAGGCGUUUACAGGGUCAUCAAGUCUUCAAAAGCACCAGAGAAAACAUACAGGAGAGAAACCCUUCAAGUGCACUGUGUGUGAGAAGGCAUUUGCACGGUCAUCAGUUCUUCAGAGCCACCAAAAAACACACACAGGAGAGAAACCCUUCAAGUGCACUGUGUGUGAGAAGGCAUUUUCAGAGUCAUCAAAUCUUAAAAUACACCAGAGAAUACACACAGGAGAUAAACCCUUUAAGUGCACUCUGUGCGGGAAGGCGUUUUCACAUUCACCACAUCUUCAUAGACACCAGAGAACACACAGUUAUCAGAAGAUCCCCAAGGAGUGUAGUCUGAAAUCGACUUGUGAAAGUCAAAGUGCUGCAAUGAGCCCAUCCCUCCUGAAAAAAGAACCAGAAGUAAUUUCUAGCUUGGACACUAUAAAAUGUAUCGAGGUGAAAUUUGAAGAGGCGAAGGUGAAAUGUGAAGAAGUGAUGGUAAGGAGCGAAGAAGUGAAGGUAAAAUGUGAAGUGAUGAGCGAUGAAUUGAUGGUCAAAUGUGAAGAAGUGAUGGUGAAGAGCGAAGAAGUGACAAUAAAAUGUGAAGAUGAAGAUGCAACUCCAAAAUUGGACCUUCACAUCGAUGGAGGCAAUGUGAAGCAGGAGGAGACUUCUGACUGUGAGGCAGAGCGAGGCAACUCCCAGCAGUUUGUGGAAGUGGAGGUGUGGGUGGACUUCUUAGACAAUACAAAGUCAAAUGGAGACCCUGUCGAUGUGCACGAGUCGUACAGACAACUGGAAGAGGACUCUCUUGUAGAGGUGGGGGGGAAACGACAGGCGCUGUCUCUCCAAGUCGCUCCACAGUCUACAAGGAUCAACAGUGUCUGGUGCCAAGGGGGAAUUGGCCUGAUGGAGCAAAGGCACUCAGCGCAGCUCGGUACAAAAAGGAAACAUUGCGACCAGUAUGCAAACAGCACGGAUCGUACUGAAAAUUUGACACAGCACCAGAGAACUCUCACAGGAGAGAAAUCCUUCAGGUGUAGUGUGUGUGGGAAGGCAUUUUCAGAUUCAUCUGCUCUUAAAAAACACCAGAGAACACACACAGGAGAGAAACCCUUCCGGUGCACUCUGUGCGGGAAGCUGUUUGCAGUGUCAUCACAUCUUCGAAGACACGAGAGAACCCACACAGGAGAGAAACCCUUCAAGUGCACUGUGUGCGGGAAGGCGUUUACACGGUCAUCACAUAUUGAAAAACACCAGAGAUCACACACAGGAGAGAAACCUUUCAAGUGCAGUUUGUGUGAGAAGGCAUUUUCAAGUUCAUUUAAUCUUAAAAUACACCAGAGAACACACACAGGAGAGAAACCCUUCAAGUGCACUGUGUGUGGGAGGACAUUUUCAAUUUCAUUUUAUCUUAAAAUGCACCAGAGAACACACACAGGAGAGAAACCCUUCAGGUGCACUCUGUGUGGGAAGGCGUUUGCACAGGCAUCAGGUCUUCAUAGACACCAGAAGACACACAGGCAUCAGAACAUCCCCAAGGAGUGUAGUCUGAAAUCGACUUGUGAAAGUCAAAGUGCUUCAAUGAGCCCAUCCCUCCUGAUAAAAGAACCAGAAGUAAAUUCUAGCUUGGACACUAUGAAACGUAUCAAGGUGAAAUGUGAAGUGAUGGUGAAGAGCGAAGAAGUGAAGGUGAAAUGUGAAGAAGUGAUGGUGAAGAGCGAAGAAGUGACGGUAAAAUGUGAAAAUGAAUAUUCAACUCCAAAAUCGCACCUUCACAUUGAUGGAGGCAACGUGAAGCAGGAGAAUUCUGACUUUGAGGCAGAGCAUGGCAACUCCGAGCAGUUUGUGGAAGUGGAGGUGUGGGUAGACUUCUUAGACAAUACAAAGCCAAAUGGAGACCCUGUAGAUGUGUAAGCUUGACAAUGAAGCUCCAAUAGAUUCACCUUUGUCACAGGCCUUUAAUUAAAAUAAUGUGAAGUUGAACACUCAAUUUCCAGGUUCAAACCUGCAAAGGACGAGCGGCCAGUAUUUGCGGACCUGCGGGUUGGGUAGAUCUCUAUCCAGGAGCCAGAGCCAAUAAGCUCCCAAGCAUUCACAAUGUUUUCAUAAUAAUAUUAGCAUUUAUCUGGUGCUUGCUUAAUCGCCUCAACAACUCGAAGUUUCAUAUCUCAU